AAGGUCGCUCCAGGUUUCCCCUGAUCCAUUAGAUUUGCGCCUCCCCAUGUGCCAAGACAUGACACGAACAGCGAAUACAGUUUGCGCUCUGCCUGGAUGCCAGAAAACCGUCUGGCGUGAUCCAGACGGAUCGUACUCUGAGUUCUGCAGUAGAAGUCAUCGUUCAGCGGCAGUUCUGAGGUCAUCCUCUCAGGUUUGCAAAAAUUGCAAUAUCCGUCCUGUUUAUGUGGCCAAUGGCCAAGCCUUGCCCUUUUGCGGAAACCGUUGCGCAACAGCAUGGAAAACUGGAGGCUCUUCGUCCGUUCCGCGCGAUGACACCGAUGAAGAAGCGAGUAGCGAGGUCUGUGCUCUAGCUGGGUGCAGCCGACCUACCUUUGUGGACCGGAAUGGUGGACCCAGCGAGUAUUGUUCGCAAAGGCAUCGUCGUGAGGCAGUCGGCAACGGCGAGGCGGAGGCUUGUCUGAUGUGUCGUGAAUGGCCAAGAACCUUGGUGGCCGGUAAACGAAGUGACUUCUGUUCUUUAAGAUGUAGUCAAGCUGUCUUCAACACCGCUCCUGCAAUCCUGGAAUUGGAUGGAGAAGAUGCAGACCGUCAAAGUGUUCAUCAGCAGUUCACAUCGAAGUGGGCUCACACCACAAUGGUGCCAUCGGUAAUCAGGAUCUGGAAGAUCUUUGCUGCGAAGGACAUAUACGAUACGAUCGAUCGGUACAAGUUAGAGGUUGAGCGACGAACAGGUCUGGAAGGUGGAAAUUCUCUGCGUCGCUGGCAUGGCACUGUGAGAACUUGUCGCCUGGGCGAUGAAGAAGACAAGCAUUCGUUCUGCUCUGAUCCCGCAUGUUCUUUGUGCCUCAUCAUUCAGACUUCAUUCAAAAAGGCUAAUUAUGGUCAACGCACGAACUUCGGGCGUUUUGGCCAAGGUAUCUAUACCUCGGCCACGUCCAGCAAGGCAAACGACUAUGUCGCACAAGUCUCACCUUCACCUUAUCGUGCGAUGUUGCUCAACGACGUCGUUCUUGGCAAGACCAAAAAGCUCACUACCAGUGACCCGAAUCUGACUAAGCCACCCAAUGGAUACGACUCCGUUGUAGGAGAACCCGGCGGUGACUUAAAUUAUGACGAGUGCAUUGUUUACCGGAACGACGCUAUACGACCAAUCUUUUUGGUUAUCUAUGAUCCACAGGCGACCCAUCUCGGUGGAAACCCAGCUGCAGGCGUUCCUCGCAAUGGUCCCGGGUCCGUAAUGGCACCUUUUCCGUGACUUGGACCACUCGCUUGGACAGUGGGUAGACGAUUUCUUUCUUGGCCGCACAGAGUCCUUCGCGAACCAAUCGGUUCACACAAAUUCCUCGGAUGCCUGUAAACCGCUGCGUUUCUACUUGCUACUUCUACGUUUGUCCAUACAUAGAUUUAUAGAUGGACAUGCGCUAGACAUGCGCUACACAGCGUCGGAUAGAACCUCGUCCGACUUGACAGGGAUCGUUCAGUCUAUCAUCCCCAGGGAUGUCGAAGUUACGUCAGCGAAGAAGAGCGAAUAAUUCUUGAGAACAAGAUGCGCAAACUUCGUCCACAAUUAAUCGAUUGCUUGAGGAAUAUGGAGCAGAAGUUGACGCCCGACCCUCGUUGUACCAGCCGCUCUAUGAAGUGAUUUCUUCACGAU